AUGACUGCGGCGGGCCCCUUCACAAAAUGGGGUCUCAUCCUGCCCCUCGUAGUUGUCGCCUUUGCUGUCGCAUAUCGCCUGCAACAGCCACUCACAGCUUCAGAAACCGGGAAUCCGGUUACAUACUGCUAUAAUUCCAUUCGAACUCACGAUCCUGACCAGGGUGAGGCUCAAUGCUUCACAGUUGUCGAUGGAGUCUUCACCGCUGUCGGCUCAAGUGACGCUGAUCAGACAACCAUAGACGGUUAUGUGAUUCCAGGACUUUGGGAUGGACAUGGGCACUUACUUCAGUAUGGAGAGUUUUUGCACUCUGUUGACUUGUUCGGUGCUCAGUCAUUGGAGGAAGUGCGGACUAGGAUCAAGAACUAUAUAUCCGAGAACCCGGGAGCUGGUUCCAAGGAUAGUUGGGUUCGUGGUGUUGGAUGGGAUCAGGAAUUCUUUGGCCGCAUGCCCAGUGCUGCCGAUAUCGCCCAGGACCCAGAGCUUAGCAAUGUCUAUAUCAUGCUUGACCGUAUCGACGUCCACUGCACUUGGGUUUCGCAGCCUGUACUCGACCUCCUUCCGACAGACCUCCCCGAGGUAAUCCCAGGAGGCGAAAUCAUCCGGGACCCUGGCCUCGGUGUCUUUUGCGACAAUGCUAUGGACUUGGUGAUUUCCAUCUGGCCCCAGCCGGACCGCGAUUUCAAGGCUCGUACAGUCAAAACUGCCAUGAAGAAGCUCAACGAAUUUGGCCUUGUCGGUAUGCACGAUGCUGGAUCGACUCCCGAAACUCUGACUAUGUACAACGAGCUAUCUUCGAGUGAUGACUGGACUCUUCGUGUCUAUGCCAUGAUGGAGUGCCCCCAGCGUAACUCCUACUGUCCAGAGGAAGCUGUCAAGUUUGCCCGGGACGAUGAUCGCUUUGCUGUUCAAAGCAUCAAAUUAUUCGCAGAAGACGGGGCUCUUGGAAGCUGGGGAAGCGCUCUUCUCGAACCAUACUCAGAUCACCCCUGGACAUCAGGUUCACUCCUUAUCAACGCUUCUGCUCUCACUGAUGUAACCCAACGCUGGGCGGCCGAUGGCUACCAGGUCAACAUCCACGCCAUUGGCGACCUUGCAAACCGCAAUGCCAUUGACGCGCUCGAGGCGGCUCUUGUGCAACAGUGCCUCAAUGAGGCCACUGCCCAGGGUGCUUCCCCGUCAACACCCGGCCAAUCUUCACAAGAAUCCCAGAAUUCAAUUGAAGCUCGUGCAGCCUGCCAAUCCCGCCAUCGCUUCCGCAUCGAGCACGCACAAAUCAUCCAUCCAGACGACCAAAAGCGUAUCCUCUCACUUGGAAUUAUCCCCUCCAUCCAGCCCACUCACGCGACAUCGGAUAUGAAGUAUGCUCAAUCUCGUCUGGGCAAAGAUCGUACCUCAUCUUCUGCCUAUCGUAUGCGUUCGCUUCUUCCGGCCCGUCCUAUUCUUGGUAGUGAUUUCCCGGUCGAACCCCCCAACCCGUUCCAAGGCAUCUAUGCCGCUGUGGCCCGCCGCAGUCCUCACACUGGUCGCGGAACUGAAGAAAGCCCUGACGGUUGGCAUACUGAUGAAGCGCUGAGCCUGGAUGAGGCGAUGUGGGGUUUCACUGGCGCUCCUGCUUAUGGUGCCUUUCUUGACGGCCGUGCUGGUGUCAUUCGCGAGGGUGCACUGGCUGAUUGGGUUGUCCUUGAUAAACCUAUCGAGUCUUAUAACGUCGAAGAGUUACGGACAUUGAAAGUGAAGGAGACUUGGGUGGCGGGGAAAAGGGUAUACACACGACCUCGUGAUGAAGAAUCGAGGUAG